UGCCCGUCCCCCUCUUUUCGCUCCACCCUUCUUUCUUCCCUCCCCUGUUAUUCUCCCUGUGCUGUCAAAGCUUCAACCUUCAGUCUUCAGUUUCAGAGCGAUGGGGAAGAAAUCAAAGGGAUCUAGGAAGGGGAAGAAGGCGUGGAGAGCUAACAUAAGUACUGCAGAAAUUGAGGAUUUCUUCGAGAAGUCUACGAAGGAUGAUUUGUCAUUGGUUGCACUAAUUAUUAUUAUUUCUCUGUUUUUCUGUAUAGAUCUUUCAGUGAAGCGGAAAAUAGAAAAGAAACGAGAAAAAGUCCUUUACUGUGACAGCAUAUUGACGAAGAACCCGUUUGUCCAAGCAGUGCCUUCUUCAGUAAAUAAGAAAUCCAAGAAAAAACAGGAGGAGGCUUCCACAGUCAAAGAAGCCUCUCAAGAUGGUGCCAAGGUUGGCAUGCUUGAUCUGUGGGAUGAUAAAGGUGAGGUUAGAAGCAAAAUCAGCAAGAAACCAAAGCCAUCCAUUAUUCCAGCAGUAGAAGUUGAGCCCCCAGGAUGUUCGUUCAAUCCAUCGCAUGAGAGUCAUCAGGAUGUACUUGCACAAGCUGUUGCAGAAGAAAUGCAGAAAGUAUACCGUAAUGAGCUGGGGCCUGCGCCAGUUCCUUUAACAGUCCCAGGAGAACCUAUUAGUGAAGAAGAUAUGUUGUUUUUGGAUGCUGAUAAUAACACUGAUGAUGAAACCAAUUUGGAUGAAAUGGAUCAGGACGAAAAUAAUGAAUUAGAAAAAAGGCCUUUGAAGAUGAGAAGGGUGACUCGAGUGGAAUUCAAUAAGAGAGCUAGACAUAAAGAACAGGCCAAAAAGGAAGCCGAAGCAAAGAAGUUGAAGGGGAUUUCUAAAGACAUUGACAGCUUGCCGGAUAUCAUUCAAGAAAUAGCCAAGGAGGACGAGGAGAGAGAUAAGAGACGCAUGCGACGAACUAUAGCCAAACAGGAGAGAUUAAAGUCAUGCCCACCUCGCUUGGGGAAGCACAAGUUUGAGCCCGCGCCAGUUCAAGUUCUCCUAUCCGAGGAAAUAACUGGAUCACUCCGGAAGCUGAAGGGCUGUUGCACCCUUGUGAAGGACAGGUUUAAGAGCUUAGAGAAACGAGGAAUAAUCGCCCCUACUGCCAAGAGCAGAAGGAAAUAGAAUCAGAUUUGUUCUAUCUUCGAACUCGAGAGACGUCUAUGGUGAUAGUAUAUGUGGCCAUGGAAGGGCUUUGAGAUGUAGCUUGUUGUAGUAAAGCAGCUUGUUGUUUCUAUUUCCUUUUAUAUAUAAUAUAUAGUUUUAGUCCUUAGAAGGAUUUGGUUUACACUUCGGCUAAGUACUAUAGACAGGUCUAAUUUUCUCUUCACGAGUCAUUUCCAUCUUAAAUUGUUAUUUCAUUUGA